AGAGAGAGACUCCGCAUGCAAAUCCGGACAAUGCUAGUCAUUUUAUUUAUUAAUACAAACAAAAUAAAACAAAAGAAGAAACAAAACAGUGUGAGGCUCUGUGAGGUCUGGAAGGGUGGAGGGUUUGUUUGGUAAGAGUUGAAGCAGAGUAUUUGACUGCUGAGUUGUUGGUUAUAAUUAGUUUAAGCUUCUGGGGUUAUUUUUAUUGAAGAUAAGUUUCAAUUAGUUCUGUGUGAUUUAAGGUUGGAGAUAAGAGGGAUUAAGAAGGUUAGGUAAGUAGAAUUUUAAGUUUCAGCAUGUCUGUGGCUUUGCUAUGGGUUGUAUUUCCCAACUCACAGUUGUCAAGAUAUAUUGGAUUUAUUGAUUCUGUUCGAGAUGGAAACCGGUUAAUAGACUCAUCAAGAUUUGUGUACCGGGCUCGUCGUUUCAUGUUCAACAGUAGACCAAAUAAGUAUAAGAAACAAAAAUGGAAUUCUUACUCAUUUGAUAUAGAUUUUAGGCAUCCUUGCUUACGUGGAAUAAACUUACCUGAAAUAACUAUGGUGGCUAGCACAGCGGGAGAAAUGGCUGUGACUUCAGUGGAAAAGGUUUAUAGUGUGGUAUUGAAGCAGGCAGCCUUGGUUAAUAGGCAAUUAAGGUCAACUGCAGAACGUGAUGUGAAACCUGGUAUUGUUUUGCCGGGGAAUUUGAACUUGUUAAGUGAAGCUUAUGAUCGCUGUGGAGAAGUUUGCGCAGAGUAUGCCAAGACAUUUUACUUGGGAACUCUCCUAAUGACCCCUGAAAGAAGAAAAGCCAUAUGGGCUAUAUAUGUGUGGUGUAGGAGGACUGACGAACUUGUUGAUGGGCCUAACGCUUCACACAUUACUCCAACAGCUUUAGAUAGGUGGGAGUCCAGGCUGGAAGAUCUUUUCCAGGGUCGUCCAUUUGAUAUGCUUGAUGCUGCUUUAGCAGAUACAGUGGCCAAAUUUCCUGUUGACAUUCAGCCAUUCAGAGACAUGAUUGAAGGAAUGAGGAUGGACCUUAAGAAAUCAAGAUAUAAAACCUUUGAUGAGCUCUACCUAUAUUGUUAUUAUGUUGCUGGGACUGUUGGCUUAAUGAGUGUUCCGGUCAUGGGAAUUGCACCUGAAUCACAGGCAACAACAGAGAGUGUCUAUAAUGCAGCCUUGGCAUUAGGGAUUGCUAAUCAGCUGACCAACAUACUCCGGGAUGUUGGAGAGGAUGCUAGAAGAGGAAGGGUUUAUCUACCACAAGAUGAGUUGGCACAAGCAGGGAUUUCAGAUGAAGACAUAUUUGCUGGAAAGGUGACUGAUAAAUGGAGAAACUUCAUGAAGAACCAAAUUAAGAGAGCAAGGAUGUUCUUUGACGAGGCAGAGAAAGGCGUGACAGAGCUGAGUGAAGCUAGUAGAUGGCCGGUAUGGGCGUCGUUGCUGUUGUACCGUCAAAUUUUAGACGAGAUCGAAGCAAAUGAUUAUAACAAUUUCACAAAGAGGGCAUAUGUGAGUAAAGUGAACAAGAUAGCGGCAUUGCCAAUCUCCUAUGCAAGGUCACUUAUACGAUCCUCAAGAAAAGCCCUGGCUGAAGUAUAAAUUCACCAUUCUACCUCAACGAAUCUUGUAAGCGUAUAUAGUUGAAUACAAGGAAUCUAAGCAGAAAAAAAAAAUCAAUAAUUUUGUAUAUUAGGAAUUGCUGUAAUGCAACGUGUAUCCAAUAUAAGUUCAAAUAGUAAAUUCAAUUCUCACUGGCCAUUCAAAAAUCAA